UCAUUGUGACCUUCAUUUUCUCGGCCUCUGCCGCUGCUUUGAGCCGUCGACGCGCCAAUUCAAAACUGUCGCAACUCUCAUGGCGUCCCAGAACAAGUCCGCUGGAUGUGGAUCUGGAUCUUCUCCCGCAGCCGCUAAUGGCGACGUUUCUCCUCCGCGCAAGGUAGCAUUGAUCACCGGCAUCACCGGUCAAGAUGGUUCCUACCUCACUGAAUUCCUCCUCAACAAAGGCUACGAAGUCCAUGGCCUUAUUCGCCGAUCCUCUAACUUCAACACCCAACGAAUCAAUCACAUCUACAUCGAUCCCCACAACACCCACAAGGCACGAAUGAAGCUUCAUUAUGCCGAUCUCACAGAUGCCUCUUCCCUCCGUCGAUGGCUCGACACAAUCCUCCCCGACGAGGUUUACAAUCUCGCUGCCCAGUCGCAUGUCGCCGUUUCCUUCGAGAUCCCCGAUUACACCGCCGAUGUUGUCGCCACUGGUGCGCUCCGACUCUUGGAGGCUGUUCGAUCUCACAUCGCCGCCACCGGUCGUAGCCAUAUUCGCUAUUACCAGGCCGGAUCAUCCGAAAUGUUCGGUUCCACCCCACCUCCGCAGUCGGAGACUUCCCCAUUUCAUCCUCGGUCUCCUUAUGCAGCGUCGAAAUGCGCCGCGCAUUGGUACACCGUCAAUUAUCGCGAGGCUUAUGGGCUUUUUGCCUGCAAUGGGAUACUCUUCAACCACGAAUCGCCGAGGCGAGGUGAGAAUUUCGUGACCCGGAAGAUCACGCGUGCUGUGGGUCGGAUCAAGAUAGGCUUGCAGCGCAAAUUGUUCUUAGGGAAUUUGCAGGCUUCGAGGGAUUGGGGCUUUGCUGGGGAUUAUGUGGAGGCUAUGUGGAUGAUGCUGCAGCAGGAUAAGGCGGACGAUUACGUUGUGGCCACGGAGGAAUCCCACACGGUGGAGGAGUUCUUGGAGGUUGCAUUUGGCUACGUGAGUUUGAAUUGGAGGGAUCAUGUGGAGAUUGACAAGAGGUACUUCAGGCCUGCGGAGGUUGACAAUCUCAAGGGAGACUCAAGCAAAGCUAGGAAAGUGCUUGGGUGGAAGCCUCGGGUGGGAUUUGAGCAAUUGGUAAAGAUGAUGGUGGACGAGGACAUUGAAUUGGCCAAGAGGGAGAAGGUGCUUGUUGAUGCUGGUUACUUGGAUGCUCAGCAGCAACCUUGAUCUGUAGUAAUGGGAAUUCAACCUUUUCUCAUAUGGUUUUAGACAAAAUGCUUCUUAGAAGUUCAGCCUAUGAUAGGUUUUAGACUUUUUAAGAUAUACAAUGCAGUUCUUUGAAUGAUUUACCAUAGAUGACAGUUUGAUCGGCUGAGUGAUUUUCUUUUGUUCAACUUCCUCUCACAGUAUGGAUUAUCCAAAUUAUAAUCCCAUUUUCUCAAUGUCAGUUCAUCCGUUAUCGCAAGAAAAAGAAAUUAGCUCUUUGUUGUUUUGUUUACUUUUCUUCAAUUGCUUCUUGAUCGCUAGUGUGUUCUCCAUCUUCUCUCAGGAACAGUGCCUUUUCAACCAUGUACACACACACACACAUUAAAUUUAAUCUUCGUGAGCGAUAAGAAAAUGCUUUUACUUGUGGAGGAUGGAAGUAAAAAUAUGAUAACAGCAACCUCAAAUGUCAGAGCAGGAAUAUUGGCGUGGCCCCGGUCACAACUCACAGGAAAGGCAAGUUGGUUCAGGUCCCGUAUAUCCGCAGCUUAGCCGUCAUCCUCAUCAAUUCAUGCAACAAUCGAAGCAACCAGAUUGCUCGCAGAUCAUCACAAGCACUAUCACUUUGUGCUGAAAAUUGGGAACCAUCAAUUGAUUAGUAUGGGAAUUGAGCACCCUGAAUUGAUUGGUAUAAAAGAUUCAAGUUUUAGAAAAUAUGAAUAUGUGUCAAGCAAAUUUAUUAACUAUGUAUAUAUAAAAAAGAAAAUGAAUGACGAAGGAUGGGGAAUGAAAACAAUGCUUAUAUCCAUGUCAAAAAUGUAA